UUGACUCACCUACAAUCCCACCCAAGACGAAGAUGAAGACCACAGAAACGCAGACACCUUCACCAGACUGUGCGUCACUGAUCCAUUCUUUUCUAUGGGCAAAGACUCAAAGAUGGAUUGCUCUCCCCCCAAUGAGGAUGACAAGGGUAAAGGAAAAUCGCGAGAUGCAUGGGCUGUGAACGGGAAUUACGGUGCCAAUGAUAUGCUAAAGAACAGACACCAGCGUUUACGGACGGAAUUCGUUUCAUAUUUGUGAGCUAUGUGAACAGACACACCGUGACAACAGACGAAACACGAGUCCACAAAAUGAAAGGUUACUAUUUGGACAUCCCAACAAUCAAGACCACCUUCGCCUCCUCACAUCCAGAUGAUGUAUGGGCUGAGUGCAGUACGUCGCUUUGAGAGAUGCCAAUCGUGGGCCAGAAACAG